GCGGAUCUCCGAUCGCGCCACAAGAGUUUAAACAAACAUUUAAAGCGCGACCGUUAAACGCUCUUCAGUCACUCAAGCGCGCGGUUAACCGCUCACGGCUGUUUUAUGAGGAAACCGUGAAGAUGUUAGCCGAGCCCGAGCAAAUGUUGUAAUCUGUCGCUACGUGAGGGGAUUUACAGCUCAUGUCUGACCAUCUGCCUUGAGAAAACGGCCAAACAGACUUUAAAUGAGCGGAAUUCAGUCAGGUUGGAGUAAAUGACGGACACGUGAGAUGACCAACCGGACAUGAGACUUCUCUGUUGUCAUGGCGAUGAUCUCUUUAAUUUGUCUCCUCCCAGUCAUCACUUUUGCCACGCCCUUCCCCAGAGAUCUACAGCCAAUCAGUGUGGUGAGACCGGAGGACUCUCACCUGUAUCCCAGUUUUCAGGGUCUGACGUCAGACAAUGACACGCAGCGUCUCGGUCUGGACUAUCAGCAGAUGAUCAGAAUCCAGCAGAUGUUGUACAUCGCUGCCAGAGACCAUGUGUUUGUUGUGAAUCUCACUGCUGCAGUAAAUCAAAUUGUUCCACAGCAGAUAGUGACGUGGAGAUCUACAGAUGUGUCUAAGUGCACCGUCAGAGGCAGAAACCUCGAUGAAUGUUAUAAUUAUAUCAAAGUUCUUGUGCCUCGGAAUGAUGAGACUCUGUUUGCAUGCGGAACAAACGCUCUGAAUCCCACCUGCAGAAACUACAGAUGGAGCACACUGGAGCAGGUGGGACAGGAGCUGUCGGGUCAGGCCAGAUGUCCGUUUGAGUCUCGUCAGUCUAAUGUUGGACUGUUUGCAGGUGGUCAUUUCUAUUCAGCCACAGUCACAGAUUUCCAGGCGAGUGACGCUGUGAUCUACAGGAGUUUAGGAGGAGAGGGACGACCCGUGCUGCGUACGGUCAAAUACGACUCCAAAUGGCUCCGAGAUCCUCACUUUCUUCACGCUGUAGAGUACGGCAACUACGUGUAUUUCUUCUUCAGUGAGAUCGCUGUAGAACACACGGCAGCAGGAAAGGUGGUGUAUUCACGUGUGGCACGCGUGUGUAAGAACGACAGCGGCGGCUCCACGCGUGUGUUGGAUCGGUACUGGACGUCUUUUCUGAAGGCCCGGUUGAACUGCUCAGUUCCUGGAGAAACAUUCUUCUACUUUGACGUGCUGCAGUCUCUCACUAAUGUUCUGCAGAUCAACCGGCGUCCCGCUGUGCUCGGCCUCUUCACUACACAGAUCAACAGCAUUCCCGGUUCAGCCGUCUGUGGCUUUUAUCUGGAUGACAUUGAGCGAGUUUUUAAUGGGAAGUUUAAAGAGCAGAAGAACAGUGAUUCUGUGUGGACGUCAGUGCCGGAGGAACACGUGCCCACACCACGUCCUGGUUCAUGUGCAGGUGAAGGUUCUGCGUCCUCGUUCUCAUCCUCGGCACAGUUUCCAGAUUCUGUGCUGUCGUUUAUUAAGACACACCCACUGAUGGACGAGACUGUGUCGUCCGUCAACAACCAACCACUGAUCACCAGCACCGUCAGCCGGUAUAAACUGACUGGGAUUGUUGUGGACACGGCUGCUGGGCCUCAUAAGAACAGCACGGUGGUGUUUGUGGGUUCUGAAGACGGACGUGUUCUGAAGAUUCUGACCAGAACUCAACCCAACAGCACGCACGGCUCCAAACUACUGGAGGACAUUGAUGUUUACAAUCCCACACAGUGUAGCGGUGAGCGCAGGGUGUUGGGUCUGCAGUUGGAUAAGGAGAAUCAUGCUCUGUUUGUGGCGUUUUCCAGCUGUGUUAUCAGAGUUCCUCUGAGCCGCUGCGUUAAACACAGCACCUGCAAGAGUCGCUGUAUCUCCACACAUGACCCAUACUGCAUCUGGCUGCGCACAGGACGCUGUGCUGACGUGGCCCCAGGAUUCAAGGCAGGUUUUGAGCAGGACAUUGAUGGUGAUCAGUCACACUUACCGGACACGUGUGCCGAUGUGAUGUCAUCAGCAGGAACUGAUCAGAAGUCAGUAGUGGAUUCAGCGUCUGGUGUGAAGCAGUUUCCUGAUGUCGACAGCGUGAACGGCAGCAGUCAUCACGUCACUCUGUUGGGCGCGUGUGUGUUGGUAGCGUUCGUGUUGGGUGCGUUUGUGUCGGGUCUGCUGGUGUCGUGUUACUGCGGUCAGAGAUCACAUCGAGCACAAGAGCCUGAGGAGACGCUUCCACACGCUCUCGACAGCCUCGCCAAACUCAACCGCCUGCUGGACGCCAAACCGGACACCGGCUCGCACAUCUACAGCUCUGCCCCGCCCUGCAGACAGCAGCCAAUCAAAUCGCACGCGUCAGACAGAACAUCCGGCCAACCUGUCGGGGAAGAGCUGGUGUCCACCCUGCCCACCCCCGCUUCAACUCCAGAACUGCCAAUCAAGAGUGUAAAGAUCUUCAACAGCCAAUGGGAGAGAAACCAUAACUCCAUGACUGUUGAAGGAAACGUGCCACAGUCCACCCUAACGUUUAAACCGCAGGAACUUCCUGCAACACAAAGGUUCUCUAUAAAACAAACACUUCCUGAUGACGACUGCUUCAAACAUGGACAGCAUGAGGUGGGCGGAGACAGUACGACAGAGGGACAUGACAUCACCGUGAUGACCUCAUCUCUGAUACCGUCGACAUCAUAUUACAGCUGCUUAACCCUCCCUCAGAAAACACCCACAGAGACGCCUGAAAGCACAAUGUUUCAGCAGAUUCCAGCGUCUCGCUUCCCCUCACAGCGACACGUCCUCAUCAGAAUGGGCAACGGGGUCACCACCACCCGGCAGCACAGUUUUAACCAGAAAGCAGCGACGCCACAGCGUCAGUCAGCACAUAACGGAAACAUCUAUGAGACUCACAGAGCGCUGAUCCCGAGCGACGCGUGUCUCACCCGACAGCACAGCUUCAGUGAGCCUCCUCACCUCCAGCGGGCGGCUGUCAUCAGACGCACAGCAUCCCUGAAACCACAGAUACCCCCUAAACCCAUAAACAUACCCAUCAGAGCGCUACGCCUGCCCGCAGCCGUCAACACGACGCAACAGAGGUCAGAGGUCACAGACUAAGAACACUAGGACUCUGGCUCUGUUUGGAAUGGGUGAGUGUGAUGCAGAGCUCUGAUCAUGAGUGAAUGACCGAUGCUUUCACACUUUCAUUAUUGAGAACACUGAAGAGAUGAGGAAUAACAAGACACGCUCGUACAGUAAGCGGCACAACAUCUACACAUCAACAAGACUCGAGUCAGAGGAGACAGUGUAACAUGAAUGAAACGUGCAGCGAUGUCGCUUCUGUGCUUCAUCAUGCACUAUUGUGCUGCUCUGACUGAUGACUCACAAUGUUUCUGAAAACAUCAACCAGACCGACACGUGUGCUCUUGGGUCUAUGUGUGAACUGUGUUGUGUCUUUAACGGUGGUUUGUGAAGGGAUCAUGUUGAGUAGCAGACUCAGAGGGUUAGUGUCACAGGAUAUCAUGUUAAUCAUGUUUAUGUUUGUUUAAUAAGAGCACUAUGUAUGAAUAUUUGACCUCAGGUGACCGUGAAUAAACUCACUGCAGAUUUC